GCCCCACGUCCCACAUCCGCACUUCACGCUGUACUGUUGCUGUGGCUGCAGUGGUAGCAGACGACUGCACCGUCUGUACUGUCAUCGUCAAUGUAGCUGACAACUGAGGGUUGAACACAAAAACUUGGCGCACCUUGACCUUCUCACACCAACGACAGCUCAUCGAGAGGUGAAAGGCGACGGGUGGUUAAUAUGCCCCCCUUCCCUCCCUGCACACCCUCUGACGCAGCGUCGCCAGCCAGCGUGCAGCCGCAGCAGCCAGCCUCCCGCCCUCCCCUUCCUCUCCCCCUCCCCCUCACUGCCAGAUGCGCAUGUGCAGAUGCCGGCGCCUGGAGAGCAGGCGGAAGACGAGCGGUAGCUGGUAGCUGGUAGCUGCUGCCCUCCUCCACCCGUCUCCUGCAGACAAUCGGUCUCAUCCCCCUUUCAUCCUCAUCCUCGCAGACAGACUUGGGCAAGAGCGUGACGGAGCAGCCAUGUGAACGUUCACCUCACGCGCGCUCGGGCGGGGGGGUCAGCGCCCACUGCAGCAGCGAUAAGGCAAGGGAAGAUAACCGCUCGCUGCUUACCGCUGCCAGUAGCCAGAGUGCAGGAACCUGACUGCCACCAGCACUGCUUGCAGCCUGUGCCACUCCAUUUCCUCUGCCGUCAGUCGUGCCCGCCCGGUCAGCAUGUGUCACGAGUCGUCCGUGUGCUUGUCUUCACCAUGUUAACCGCCGUGUGUGUCGGGGAGGAGGUUAGAGGUCAUUCUGGUGACAGCAGGAUACUCAGCACUGCGUCUGGCACCGCAGACAGCCAGCGGUGCGCGGAGAUCCCAUUCUUCCACUGCACUAAGCCAAGCCUGUGGUUGGUUCAUGACAGUGACGUCAGCGUAAGCCGCCAUGUUGCGCUGACUAGCGGGUGGAAGUGACGUCAGUAGGGAUGGAGAGCGACAGUGGCGGGACGCUGUUGGUGCUGGAGCCCAAGUCGCUGCGGUCGUUCGGCAGUCAGGACGAGUACCUGCUGGCCAUGAAGGAGGACCUGGCCGACUGGUUCUCCUGUCUGCACGGGCUGCACGUGGACGCCGACAGCUUCCUGGAGGUGCUGGAGACUGGCGUGCUGCUGUGUCGCCAUGCCAACCAGGUGCAACACUUCUGGCAGGAGCGUCGCCAGCAGGGUGUGGGGCUGGAGAUGCGAUCCUACUUCGUGCGGACAGUGCCGCAAGGUCAGGUGGUGUACCGCGACCCCGUCAAGCCGGGCACCUUCCAGGCUCGCGACAACGUGUCCAACUUCAUCACGUGGUGCCGGCAGCUGGGGAUCCCCGACGUCUUGCGCUUCGAGACGGACGACCUGGUGCUGCGCAAGAACGAGCGCAGCGUGGUGCUGUGCAUGCUGGAGUUAGCCCGCCUGGGUGCUCGUCUGGGUAUGCCCGCACCCACCAUCGUGCGCAUGGAGGAGGAGAUCGACGCCGAGCUGGCCGGCGACCCACCGCCACAGAUUAAAACGUGCGACAUGAAGUCCCUCGACGAACUGGUGAGGGACCUUGUAGGCCGCUGCACGUGCCCAGUGCAGUUUCCCAUGGUGAAGAUUGGCGAGGGGAAGUACAAGAUUGGCGACUCCAUGUCUCUCAUCUUUGUCAGAGUGUUGCGGAAGCACGUCAUGGUGCGGGUGGGAGGCGGCUGGGACACUCUAGAGCAUUACCUGGAUAAACAUGAUCCGUGCAGGUGUAACUUUCCAGGACACCGCGGCCCGGCGUCAGGCCCACGACAUCUGAUAAGCCGCCGGUCGUCGGGUGUCGCCCUUGUCGUCUCGCGCACGUCCGCUGGCGCCACUUCCGGUCCUUCCACACCUACCUCUCCCAGGAGGAUGUCUUCAUCUGCCUUGACACCAAACUCCAGGCCCGCCCCCACUCACAUCUCUGCACCAGCAGCAGGGGAAAGCCACUCUGUCAACGAGGCAAACAGCGCCACCAGGGGCCAAAGCCCUGGACCAGGGGGCAGUCACUCGCAGGCCGUCAGACGGCUUUCCUCCCCUGUACCAGUUCAGCAGCAGGAAGACAAAGGCGAGGCCCCUCGACCGACACCAGCAACGUCUCUCAACAGCCGUAGAGCUCAGUCUCCUGUACCCGGUCGAAUUCCACAACCGCCGCGACAACCGCCGUCACAGGCCAAGCACCAAGACCACCAGCAGCACCAGGCGCAGCGAGCUCACACCCCGCAGCACCAGGCCGUGCAGCGCUGCAAGUCGCCCUCGCCAGGAGCCAGCUCGUCUCAUAGCGUGUCUCCCACACUGUCCGGCAACAGAACCAUUCCACGACCGGUCAGCCGCGGACCUUCAGGACCCGCGCGUGCCCAGUCGCCAGCUCCCGCCCAACGUCAACAACUGUCCAUGGCCAGGUCUGUCUCCUUUGACGCACCUCGAUCACCCCUACCUGCUGACGCCACCUCGCGGUCGUCUGACUGCCUAAACAAGAUGGCUGAUGCUGCCAACGGCAACUCGUCAGAAGGUGAAGGUCAGGAGGGCUUGCGGCCCAGCAUCAGCAUAGAGCAGAUCAGCACGAUGACUUUGACUGAGUUCAAGAAACUCAUCAGUUCAUCGCUGGCCGUUGAUGCCAGUAGUGACGCCACUGUUGAUGCACGAGCAGAUAACAAGGGAGGAGCUGGUGGCCCGUCUCGGGGGCCGGGACAGAAGUCAGACACGAGUGACCUGUCCUGGACCUCUGUCCGUGACAAAGCCAGAUCCGUGUGCAACUCAAUCGCUUCCAGAGCCUCGUCAAGACAAAGUGGCACCGGGGGCAUCAUCGCCAGGAGAAGUCUUCCCAAAUCCCCAGCCACAGACAUCAACAGCAGACCACGAUCACCCUCAUCUGGGGUGUCUGAUCGACCUAAAACACCCGGCAUAAUAGACAGAGCUCAAGCACCAGCAAUAGCAGACAGAACCAAGACACCAGCAGGAGUAGACAGACCCAAGACACCAGCUACAGUAGACAGAACUAAGACACCAGCAGGAGUAGACAGAACCAAGACACCAGCAGCAGUAGACAGACCCAAGACACCAGCAGGAGUAGACAGACCCAAGACACCAGCUACAGUAGACAGACUCAAGACACCAGCUACAGUAGACAGACCCAAGACACCAGCAGCAGUAGACAGACCCAAGACACCAGUUACAGUAGACAGACCCAAGACACCAGCAAAAUUUGACCGACCUAAAACGCCAGCUGUAGUAGACCGAUCCAAAACUCCAGUAGCUGUAGAGAGACCAAAGACAGCCGUUAACAGUGUAAGACCACAGACACCCUCAGCACAUCCGGUGCACAGGCCAGCCGCUGUUUUUGAUGUGGAGGAAAGGAGUGACCGUUGGAGUGGUGUUAGAGGUCAAGGAGCCGCCAGUGACAUGGUGGAGAGUGGCGCUGUGCUUAGACAAAGGCCAUCUAAUCUGCCGACCACAGCCAUGUCCAAGACCAUCGCCACCCGUGCUGACAUCACAGAAGGGUCUAUGACCCCAAGGGUUAAGAACUCGUGUUUCGUGUACCAGGGAGACGCGGCCGAAGGGGUGGGGCUUGACGACAGCUCCGCCCGCGGACUGGGCAGCAGAACGCCCUCCUGGACCUCUUCCAUUGAUACCGACGACAGGUUAUCGUUGACUGCCAGGCGAUCGCAGAGUCCAGAUGACGAUGCUGACAUCAACUCGGAAACUGACGUCAACAACAGCGGACUGAAGUCACCAGGUUACCCUAUUAGGGACAGACCCCCCACCCCAAGCAGAAUCCCGAAGCCUUGCUUCGCCUCCAGGCCGGUCACGCCCAGCUCUGACGUUACGCCUGCACUCGCGCGUGACCUCUCGCGGUCAGCCACGGGAAGACACUCAGACGACCACCAAACGGCCGUUACACCCAGGCGGUUUAUGCCCACCCCACAGAGCGCAGACACGGCCACGACAGGGGAAAAGGGCUACGUGGACAGGUUCCACGCACGGCGAGCUCUGACCCCCGGGCCGACCCCCUCUGUCCCCGACCCCUCUUGGGUGCCUCCUAGACCAGUGACCCCAGGCAGCGUGUCGGUGAAGAGCCGGGUGCAGCAGAUCGUUGCCGAGCGUCGCGGAUCACUUAGCAGGGUGCAAGAAGCGGGACAGCUGAGAAAAACCCGGAGCGUCACCAACCUUUUGCACCGCGAGUCCAGCAAACCCAGCGACGGGCACGUGUCUCUUCAGGAGUGGGGUCAGCCGCAACGGGCGGCCAGCUCGGAGAGCGUACAACGACCGCCGCAGACCGAGCGACAGGGUUGUGAUGUGAGGGAUGCGCAACAUCACCUGCCUCUCCCCUCAACAGAUGGCGCCGUAUCUCACAGCAGCACCAGACAGAAGCCAGAAGCCCUACAGACACGAGGUCCAGCCACAGAAUCCAGAAACAAACUCCAGGAACACUCCAGUAGCCGCAGGGAGCCCAGGACGGUUGUAGCCGUCAUCUCUCGGAAGCCGCUGGGGUCUUCACGAGCCGUCGGCCGCAGAGCUGAGGGCCAGGAUAAAGUUGUGAACCGGACGGAGGCGUGGGUGGACUCGACCCUCAACGAUCCCAAGUGCAGACAACUGCCCUCUCGACCAAAGCGCUCUCUGACUCCGAACUCUCUGACCGUGCACGACAGCGAGUUGCUGCCACGCCCUCUGGAGGAGAUCCAAGCAGUUCUUCUCUCCCCUGUUGAGCGCUUGCCGGUACCUGACCCCGGGGUAUUAGAGGCGCCGCCCGAAGACCCAGAGCUGUACCGCAAGAUGGAGCAGCUCUUCGAGAAAUACCGAGAGAAGGAGCUGCGAGCCUCCGUGUGCGACGUUCCUGGUGGAGGUGAUAGUAGUCAGCAAGUACACGACGGCGACAGCAGCAGCGCCGGCCGCAGCAGGUCGUCAGGGUACGACAGAGAGGAGGCUGAGAUGGAUAAACGGAGGGGAGACGGAUUCCUACGCAAAAACUCCCUGUCCUCGCGCUCCUCCUCCUCCAUGCGGACAACUGCUAGCGGCUCCCUCUCCUCCUCCGGCCCCCUCUCCUCCUCCGGCCCCCUCUCCUCCUCCGGCCCCCACCUGGGAAGCGUCAACAGCGAGCGUUACGCCAAGGACGUGCUGCACGGCGCCGCUGCCGCAGCCUGUAACGGCCACUACACUAACGGUGCCGCCAGCAAUACCAGUCAGUCGCCUUCACGAGGGCGGGACGACUCGGCCUCCGUACUUUCUCCGACCACUACCCCAACCCCGACCCCAACACAUGAAGACUGCGGGGCGGCUGCCAUGUCGGUGGAUAACAUCGUGAGCACGGAUGCGGCCAUUAUUCAUAACCCUGUGGCCUUGGUAUCCAAGAUAAAAGAAAUUCUUCAGGUCAGACCGCGCCGGGAGGAUCCAGGAAAGGGCGGAGCGCCUACGCGCAUCCCAGGCCCCGCCCAUCUGUUAGCCACGCGCCGUUCACGCUCCUUCACCAACCUGGCGUGCAGCACAAACGGACACCUCACCUGCCCGAUCUUCCCCGACAACCCCGUCAGCGACUGCGGCGUCCUGCGCCGCCAACACUCCGCCGACACCGACCUCGUGCGCGACGAGUCCACCAGCAGCGACGUCAGCAGUGACGUCAGCCGCUCGGAGACGCCGGUGCCCAAGAUGGCGCAGCCGCUGACGACAGGUCGCUCCACGCUCUUCCGCAGAGAGAGAUCAGGCGGCGCGCUGCGAGCUGUGUCCCUGGAUGACAGGCCGCUGUCCAGCUGCAGCUCCCAUUCUUCCAGUUCCAGGAAAUUCCUGGACGACAGCUCGGAGUACUUCUGAUGGACUGACCUCGACAAUACUGUGAGGUGGUUAGAAACAUUCGUGAUAUGAGGCCGUGACCCGGUCACCCGGUCUCACAUCAUCACUGUGAUACUGUCGUCACUGUACAGCUACCCUGGUCCAGGACAGUGUCCUGUUAGUGCGCAGUGUCUACUAGUGGGGACAGUUUGUGACCUCGACACAGGUCAAACGAUAGCGCGUGCUGUUGAUCUGAAGAUGUGUCAGUAAAGGACUUCGUGACACAUCCGGCUUUGUGUGUAUGCGUGCGUGCAUGUGUGCUUUCAAUCAUGCUGGCUGUGAAUUGAUGUCCGUUUGAUGGUUGAUAACUGAACUGACGUGGCUUUGUCAGUCUGUACAGCUCGACAGUUCUCCUUCGUGAGUGGAGUCACCGAGUCACUAAUACUUAUGUCAAGGAGUGAGCAGGAGCGGUGUCUGUACAGUGUCAUGGAACAGAAGCAAAAGGUCUGUACUGUGUCACAUAGAGGUCUGUCAUGUCAUGGAGUAGACACAGCCACUCGGAACAUCUGACCUGUGACAUCACAAACUUUGAUUGACCAACUUCCAUAAACAGAACUGAUGUUCUGUACAACGAGGACCAGCAAAUAAGAGAAAUUAGACAAACUGAUAGAUGACAUUGUCGACAGUACACCUACAGCUUUACAAUGUACACCAGUGUGACUAUCCACAGGUGGUGUGACGGCCACUGCACCAACAGACAUCGUGGUUGUGGGUGUGAAGAUGGCGAUUGUGUAACAAACCUUAUCUUCUAUACAACAGUUUUCUGGGUGUUUCUCACUAGUUUUGUUUUGUUCGAAUGAAAACCUCCCUGCAUAGUCCCGUGUGCUUUAACCGUGGGCCUGGGUGUCUUUGUCGGGACAGGGGUGUCCAACACUUUAUGGAAGGACAGUCCAACAGACUCAGGUUGUGACGAGCACAUUGCUAUGGUCAUCAGGUAGUUGUACAAAUUGUUAAUGUUUGUUAGUCGUGUUCACGUUUACUGUCCAUCAGUCAAGUUUAGAGCUACUAUGAGUUUCCAUCAAGGCUGUUGUAGAGUGCUGUGUAGAGGCAUGGUACUGUAGAGUGGUGUGUGGUGCUGUGUAGAGGCAUGGUACUGUAGAGUGGUGUGUGGUGCUGUGUAAAGAGGCAUGGUACUGUAGAGGGGUGUGUGGUGCUGUAUAACACUGUGACAUACCAGCUUUAGUUGCCCGAAGCGCUGAUGAAUGUUUGAAGAUGACGGUAGCGAUGAUAAGGGAGGACAAUCAAUUGUUUGUGGAUGUUUCCAGUUCCACAGCUCCAGGUCCCGCAGGCCUGGGAGGCUGAAGAAGUUUCCAUUAAUCCCUAGUAAACCAAACUUCCUCUGGCAAGUAGUUUACCUGAAAACAGUUGAGGAGACCGUCAAUACUCUGAGGCUCCCAGGACAGUUGGGUGGUGGUCUGUGGGGCGGGGGUAAGGGUCCACUGACUUCUUGUUGGCUGAGUGGUCAACUUUUGAAGGUGUUUGAUUUUGAUGCAUGUGUGUUAGUUUGAUACGUGUGUACGUGUUAGUUUGAUCUGAUACAAUGCGCGCUGACCUUCCCCCACACAAGUCUUAUGCGUGUGUAGGUGUUGCUUGUGUGUGUGUGUGAGAGAGAGAGACAGAGAAAUAAUCUGCAAAGUAGAUGAUAACAAACAUGUAUCAAAACAGAAAUGUUGCAUUUACUUUGAUGGGCUUUGGUGUGUUGAUGAAACUGCAAGUAACAAUUUACUUAUAGCUCACCUUUUCGCUGGUAGAGGAUUUGUUUUUACUCUGGUUGACCCUGUGAGUAUUUUGCUAUAGUGAGUCGUGACACGAAGUCUCUCCCGGACACUGUUCUAUAUCUGCUCUUAUGUUCAGUGCAGCAGCUUGUUAACACGCGUAGAAAAUGUCUCCUUGUGAAAAGCUGGUGUCUCAACCUUUGGGUGUACUGAGGGGAUAAGCAGUUCUGACUUUUGUUACAAAACAGAGGAGUACUUGUUACACUGCACGGGGAGGGAGUAGAGGACACCUUCGGAUGUCACUCUUACAGUUUGAUUGGCUGAUUUCUUGCAUUUUUAUUUUCCUUUCCCAGUUCCUUUUUUUUUUUUUUUGUUUUUUUUUUUUUGAGUUGAACUCUUUGAGCCUUAACGUUAAGCGGUAUGGCGUUACUGCAAGCGUGGAUGUGCUGACGUGUCAGCACGUGUUCGUGGGUUUGCUUUACAUGCAGGAUGAAAAGCUGCCACCUACCCACCCAACCACCCACCGACACCUCGCUGCCAGUGGAGUAUUUACUUAGCUAACUACAUUUAGGCACCAUUGCUAGCCCGUGUACAUGCGACACAUUCUUACCGUCAGGCCAGGGACACGUUCACUGGUGCGAUGAACACUCGUCCCGCUGACGGCAAGGGACGUAAUGUCGUGGCCCGAGCGAGUGGCGCCCCUUUAUUUGCUGUUGGUAGCGUGAGUAGAAAUGAGUAUUCGUCACGACCUUACGACCUUUUGUGAGGCGCCGGCUCGCUUGCUUGUGCCAAGUGACUGUAUAGUCUUGUCCCGUGAUAUGCUGUUCUGAGUUCUGCUGGGGUUCAUUCCAUAAACCUGUGGUCUGUGAUCAAUAUUUAACGAUACUUUAACUAUUACGUUUGAUGGAAACAAUACAUUUGGGUGUUGUAAUGCUUUCACAUUAAAACAAUGCAAAAUAAAAUAUAUACCAAAAA